UUAGUUUGUCUAUGAGUAGGUCUAAUGAAUAACAAUAAUCAAAGUAACUGUCAACACUAGGAUUUUUUAUUACUUUUUCAAUAAUAAUAAUCCUAUUUCUGAAGAAAAAGGGAAAUAUUUCAAAUCACCAUGGAUAUAGUCGAAUUGCUCGAUUAUAAGCCUCCACAAGCACUCAAGAGAGUAACUGAGGAUGAUUUGGAUUCGAGUGUUGAAAAACAGCGAAAAAUGAGGAGAUUAGCUAGGGCAAAAGCUGAUCAGAUGUCAAAACCUGCAUCGACAAGUUCCCUUGUACAUACUCUUGAUGAAAUAAGCGAAGAAGAACGACAAGAAAUCAUUAAAUAUGUAGAAGUUGAACAAACACAGGGAGAGGUACUUGAUGAAGCUGGAAUUAAAAAAAUUAUUUUAAAUUUUGAGAAGAGGAUUUUGAAGAAUAGAGAAAUGAGAAUAAAAUUCCCAGAUGCUCCUGAAAAGUUUAUGGAAAGUGAACUGGAACUUCAUGAAGUACUACAGGAGAUGAGAGUUCUUGCAACUGCUCCUGAUUUUUAUCCCCUUCUCGUCAAACUAAAUGUUAUAUCUAGUUUAUUAGAAUUAUUGUCACAUGAUAAUACAGAUAUUGCAGUUGCCACUGUAGAAUUACUACAAGAACUCAGUGAUGUAGAUAUCCUCAAUGAAUCAGAAGAAGGAGCGGAAGCUUUAAUUGCAUCACUUUUGGAGCAUCAAGUUAUUGCACUCCUAAUUCAAAAUUUAGACCGUCUUGAUGAAACUGUGAAAGAGGAAGCAGAGGGAGUUCAUAAUACUUUAGCAAUUAUUGAAAACUUAACAGAAAUAAAUCCAGAUAUAUGUAGUGAAGCAGCUAAACAAGGUUUAUUACAUUGGUUGCUGAAAAGAUUAAAGUUAAAAGCACCAUUUGAUGGCAAUAAAUUAUAUGCAAGUGAAAUUUUAGCAAUAUUACUGCAUGAUAACGAUAAAAAUAGACUUUUAUUAGGAGAAAUAGAAGGAAUUGAUACCUUACUUCAACAAUUAGCUUUUUAUAAACGUCAUGACCCGGGAUGUGCAGAUGAACAUGAAUUGAUGGAGAAUUUAUUUGAUUGUUUGUGUAAUGCCUUGAUGGUCGUACAAAAUAGGGAUCGUUUCUUAAAGGGUGAAGGUUUGCAAUUGAUGAACUUGAUGCUAAGAGAAAAAAAGACUUCCAGGAAUGGAUCAUUGAAGGUUCUAGAUUAUGCAAUGUCCGGCCCUCAUGGAAAGGACAAUUGCAAUAAAUUUGUGGAUAUUCUGGGUUUGAGGACUAUAUUUCCCUUAUUUAUGAAGACUCCAAGUAAAAACAGAAAAAAGGUGUUAUCAACAGAGGAACAUGAAGAGCAUGUAACCUCAAUUAUAGCUUCAAUGUUGAAAAAUUGUCGAGGCUCCCAAAGACAAAGGCUGAUCAGUAAAUUCACAGAAAAUGAUCAUGAAAAAGUAGAUCGUUUAUUAGAGCUCCAUUUUAAAUAUUUAGAAAAAGUUGAAGCCAUAGAUGAUAUUCUAGACGAGAAUGAAGAUGAAAAUACCAAUUACUUAAAAAGGUUGAAUGCUGGACUCUUCACUUUACAACUGAUAGAUUUCAUCAUUGUUGAAGUUUGUGCCGCAGGACCUGCUUCGAUAAAACAAAGGGUGAUGCAAAUUUUGAACCUUAGAGGAGCAUCUUUAAAAACUAUAAGACAUGUCAUGAGAGAAUAUGCUGGAAAUCUAGGAGAUGAAGCGGGACCAGAAUCGAAAAAUCAAGAACAACAACAUAUCUUGAAUCUUGUUGAUAAGUUUUAAGUUAAAUAAAAUGUAAGAAGUU